UAUCCAUUCAAAAACUGAUUGGAUGAUAGAGAUUGAUAAGAGUGGGAAGCAGCGAGCAGCCUGAGUGAAAGCAGGAGAACCUGAGAGGAAUUCGCUCAGUCCAGAGAAGUGAGAAGAAAUGGAAAGAGGGGCCGCCAUGGAUAAUGAUAGGUACCAACUUGUGAAGGAUAUUGGGUCAGGCAACUUUGGCGUAGCGAAGCUCAUGCAAGACAAGCACAGCAAACAACUGGUUGCUGUCAAGUAUAUUGAGAGGGGCCACAAGAUUGACCAGAAUGUGCAGAGGGAGAUCAUCAAUCACCGUUCUCUCAACCAUCCAAACAUUGUACGCUUCAAAGAGCUGCUAUUGACACCAACCCAUCUGGCAAUAGUCAUGGAAUAUGCAGCAGGUGGGGAGCUCUUUGAACGCAUUUCUAAAGCUGGGCGCCUUAGCGAGGAUGAGGCCCGAUUCUUCUUUCAACAAAUCAUAUCAGGGGUGAGCUAUUGCCAUUCUAAGCAAAUCUGUCACAGGGAUUUGAAGCUGGAAAACAUACUGCUGGAUGGGAGUCAUGAGGUAAUUCCUCGUAUCAAGAUCUGUGAUUUUGGUUACUCAAAGUCUUGUUUGCUUCAAUCUCGGCCCAAAUCCACUGUGGGAACGCCUUUCUACAUAGCCCCGGAGGUUUUAUCAAGGAAAGGAUACUACGAUGGCAAGGCUGCAGAUGUGUGGUCAUGUGGUGUAGCACUCUAUGUCAUGUUAGUGGGAGCUUAUCCGUUCCAGGAUCCUCAUCAUCCAAGUGAUUUGAGAAAGACUAUCGAGCGCGUAUUGAAGGUGCAAUACAGGAUUCCUGAUUGUACUACAGAAUGUCGUAACCUUCUGUCAAGAAUUUUUGUUGCAGAUCCUGCCAAGAGGAUCACAAUUCAGGAGAUUCGAAAUCACCAGUGGUUCGUCAAGAAGUUAAGAGCAGAUUUGGUAGAUGCAGGAGACAGUAAGAGGGUAGACAUUAAUGGGUAUGAUGAGGAAGGUCAGAGCAUGGAUGAGAUAAUGAGGAUGAUAGCAGAGGCCAGAAUACCUACAUCUCAGGGAUUAGGGCUGGGGCGAUACUGCCUUGAGGUCGAUGAUAUGGUGGAUUAAUGGGGAAUUCGUCUAAUGCUUGCUUUCUUUCCUUGUAUCAGAGUGCAUGCUUAACUGCUUACACAUUAUGUUAUGCUCCGUGAUCUUAUGUUUGCAUGCCUAACAUGCAAGGUGAACAGCAACUUAUCUCAGCCCUUUUCAUCGCAAGCUUUGUUCAAUGCGGUUCUUCUUCCUUUAUUACCUCCGCAAUUUCUAUUUUCUGCGGCUGUUAACUUUGUAUAAAAUCAUGCGUUUGAAUAAUGUAAAUGAUACAAUGAAUUAAUUUCAUUUCA